AUGGCUGUUCUCGAAACAGUCCCCGGCUUCUCGGUCACUGUGCAUGUUGACGGGAAGCCACUCCAGGAAUAUCGGGACUCCGACGAUGACGGCGAGCCCGAAGUGACCACAUGCUUCGUGGAAGCCACAACCGGCAAAGAAUUCGAGGUCUUCUUCCGGCUCGAGAAGGGCAUCGAAGCUGAGUCGAGUGCAUUUGAAGUCAGGAUCAUGGUUGACGGUACAGAGACCGACAGCGCCCUUAUGGACGCGAAGAGAGCUAGAGUUCACGGUGAACAGUUCCAGAGCACAGGCAUGCAGAUUAGUCGCACAGAGCUUGCCAAGUACAGAUUUGCUCCUCUUGAAACUAGCCAUGAUGGAUGUCAAAUGACGGACGACGCGAAUGAGAAGCUCAACAAGGAUUUGGGCACUAUCAUGGUCAAGGUGUGGCACGCGAAGAACUUGAGGCAGAGCUCUGAGAUAAAAGACUAUUCCCGUGAUUCCGUGGAACAAACGGUGAACCGCUUCUCGGAAACAAUAAUCAAGGGCCAGGCUCUCUCACAUAGAAUGGCGUACAGUAAGCCUGUCAAGAGCGUCGAUGAAUCAGAUGUGUACAAGUUCGAUGUUAUUGGCGGUAUACACGCGGAACCGGCCGUUACCCGGAAGUUGGAAGCGCUCAGUGGUAGCAGGCUUUGA